AAACCGACAUUGACUAACCUUCUAGAAGGAUCUCCGCGCGAUAAAAAAGCUUGACAAAAUUUGCAAAGCUCGAUUGCUUUAGGAAUUUGUAAGAAAAGAAAGGCUCGCAAGUCGCAAGUCGCAAGUCGCAAGCAUAAUGUCAGUUACGCUGCACACGAAUCUCGGCGACAUCAAGUGCGAGAUCUUCUGCGACGAGGUCCCCAAGGCUGCCGAGAAUUUUUUGGCACUAUGCGCAAGCGGUUAUUAUGAUGGGACCAUAUUUCACCGGAAUAUUAAAGGUUUUAUGAUUCAAGGUGGGGAUCCAACAGGUACCGGCAAGGGGGGGACCAGUAUAUGGGGCAAGAAGUUCAGCGACGAGAUAAGAGAGUCUCUCAAGCACAAUGCAAGGGGGAUACUUUCAAUGGCUAACAGCGGCCCCAAUACUAAUGGAAGCCAGUUCUUCAUAAGUUAUGCAAAGCAACCACAUCUAAAUGGAUUAUACACUGUGUUUGGGAAAGUGAUCCAUGGGUUUGAAGUCCUUGAUCUAAUGGAAAAGACUCAAACAGGUCCAGGAGAUCGACCGCUUGCAGAGAUCAGACUCAAUCGUGUAACAAUGCAUGCUAAUCCGCUAGCUGGUUAGUCUCAGCUUGAAGCAUUUUUGGCUGUACUGCAUUCUGGGGGAGGGCUCUGUGUUAUUAAAAUUUUAGGAUUGAACUCUUGACCGCAGUUUACUUCUGAUCGACUGUGGCAAUGUACUUGAACUGAACUAACACAGAGAGAGAGAGAGAGAGAGUUAGAGAGAGAGUCAUAUUAUCUUGAGAAUUAUAUAAUGCUGUUAUUUAUUUGUAUGACAGCAUUUGGAUAACUUGAGAAAUGUAAAAUUGAAGCUGGCAUUGCACUUCCAACUGCUUUGAGUAUUGCCAUGUGAUAUUAUUGUAAUUACUUACUACAUUUAGGGUUCAAUCGAAGUUGCUGAUCUUGUUUUGUA